AUGGUGUACCGCACUAUCAGCCGUGAUCUCAAACUCGCUGCUGUCAAGCUCUACGAUGCUGGGCACAUGAUUGUCGAGGAUAUCUGCGACUGCGUCGGCUUCAGCACCAGGACCUUCUCGCGCAUCCACAGACUGUGGACUGAAACGGGCGACGUCGUCAAACACAAGCACGGCAUCCCUGGUCGACGGCGGGAACUCAUGCUAGACGACGUCAUGUACCUUCUCCGCCUAGUCCGUCAACGCCCUGACUGGUUCCUCGAAGAACUUGCCGAUCUCCUCCGCGAAAACCGCUUCCUCUCCGUGCACUUCUCAACCAUUCAUCGAGAACUUCUUCGUCAUGGCUAUACCUCGAAGAAGCUGCGCCGUAUUGCCAAGGAGCGCAAC